AAUUGCAGUUUUAGAGAAAAACACUAUAUUGGUAUUAAACCAAUUUCAAAACAAAGGUAGGAAAAUUCAUAUUAUCUAAAUGAGACAUUGUGCCAUCUCUCUUAUUCAAAAUGUCAACGUUGAUUGCGUUAUAUUUGAACAGUUUGACUGAUUCUACUCUACUUCAUUUUGCCUCUACACGAGUAUUUGAAGGAAGCGAAUCGUUCGUCGCUUUAUUAUUAAGAUAUGAGAUUAUUUCUGGACUUAGUAAACAUGGCUAAAAAGACUUGACAAGACACCUCAGUCGACGCCACUGACAGAGGAAGGUUAUUGUAAACAUUUUAUAGUUAUGAAGACUUUUUUGAAGCACACCUGACAACGGCUUUACGAGUUUUUUGGGUACACUUGAAAGGUGGGUUAUAAUUACUCUGAGGCAGACGGCAGAUCAACAAAUAGUUCAUACAAUGGAAAUCAUAAUGAGCUUUGGGAAUAAUAACACAGUCCGAAUUUGCUGUAUCUAAAACAACUUUUCUUAUCACAGAAAAUCAAUCGAGUUUCAUUGUUGUGGCUAUGACCGACCAUGCCGUGCAAGGUCUUCAUAACGUAUAAAAUAAUCAUCACCUCUCAUUAGAUACCUAAAAUUAUCUUCACCCCACGGUCGUACAGCUGGAUGAGGAAAAUUGGCGAUCACUUAUUACUACUUCUCUACGGCUAUUAAGAGCUGGAUGUCGUUUUCGCGCGAUCGACCGCUAUUGGCGGACGGUUAUGAAGCAAAUGACAGAAGAAAUGUUUUCGAGAAUGGGGAAACGCCGGGCAAGGAAGUUUAUCGAGCAAAUUCAAGGAAAACCAGCGGUUUUGGCCUCCCGAGUAUCGAUUCCGCUUAUGGCGGCUCUGAUAGUUUAUCGCCUGUUUCCAAUAGCUACAGCCAGGAGGACGAAAAGAGCAUUUCAACCUCCGAUUUCUCGUUCGACGAUUUCGAUGAACUUCGUAGCGAUGAAAAAUUAUCUUCUAAUAGUGCCAAGGCGGAAGACUAUAUGCUUUCUCACAAAGACAUUCAAGAGAUUGAAAAUCGAGUACAAGAAAAAUUCAGGGAAGAUUUUAAAAGAAUUUGGCGAGAUGCCAAGGCUAAAGAGAUAAAGCUAAAAAAGAAGUUUACAAAAGUGAUUGAGAACGCUCGUGAAGCCUUGGUAGAAGCUCGAGUUUAUGCCGAGAAAGAGGCUGUAAAUAAAUUAGAAGAGAAGGCAGAAGAAAAACAGAGCGAGAUAAUGAAGAGAAGAUCUUUAAGAAAGUGGCAAAUCCUAAACGGAAAAGACCAGAAGGCGAGUAUUAAAAACAACUUUCGCGCUGACAAUAAUUGGGUUCGAGAACACAUGGAGGAAAUGGCUAGUUUGCGGAAAAUCCAGUCAGACUUAGAUCGAGCUCGGGCAAGACGAAAAACUUCGUCCGGACUCGUGUCACUUCUGAACUUAAAGAAAAAAGGAAAAAUAAAGCAACUAAUGCAGACAGAGAUACGCAAACUUGAGAGAAUCGAUGAAAUUCAGCACCUGAUUCAGGACUUAAACGACCUUGGAUUAAGCGAGCAGGUGGACUCGUUGCGCCUGUCCAUGCAGUCAAAAGAACAGGCAGAUUUUUCAUUACGUAUACAAUUGAAGGAAGAAAGAAGCAGAGCACGAAUCGAAGCCUUAAAGAAAAAGGAAGAAGAAGUGCAAAAGUUGCGAAAGAAGAGGAUCGCUGAGAUGGAAAGACUGGAGCAAGAAAGAAAAGCCAGGGAGGAGAGGGAGAAGCGUGCACGUGUGAUGGCCGCACUGGCACGUAAAGCUCACAAUCAAGCACUAAGGCGAAAUUUUGACGAAACACUGUUGAAUUCACGGAUCUCAAGAUCGCAUACUUUUUCUUAUUUUCCUCCUCCAAUACGAAAAUAGUUGGAACAAGGUUGUCUGCUGCAAUAUAAACAACAACCUAAUCAAUAAUAGACCUGGAGAACGUCCAUAACCACAACACCUUGAGGUGGAAAUUAAAAGGACACCCAACAGCGCGGCUUAUUACGUUGAUACCAAUUACAUGCUAUGGUUACAAAGUGUGUAAUUAACUGCAUGAUACAUUUUCCCUGUAGACCUCCGAGGAUUAUAUCGUUGUUAUCUCUUGUGGUGAAGAGAGUAACAUCAAUGAUUCAUUAGGACAGGUUCAAAAAUACAAUAAAAUUGAAAUUUUCACAAGUUUUCUAACAGUUAAAAGGUUUUAAUUAUCUGGUUAGCUAACAAAAUAUAGCGAAGGAAUUGUGUGAUUGCAUAGCGAGUUCAAAACCAGAAACCUUGUUU